AUGGAGAAAAACUGGGUUUUGAGAUGGAUGUUGGUGGUGGGGGUGAUGUGUUGGUGUGGAGAAGGGAUUGGGGUGAAUUGGGGAACCCAAGCUACACACAAGUUGCCACCAAACACAGUGGUUCAGAUGUUGAAGGACAACGGGAUUCAGAAAGUGAAACUUUUUGAUGCAGAUGACUCCACCAUGAGUGCCUUGGCUGGGACUGGGAUUGAAGUCAUGGUGGCCAUCCCUAAUAAUCAGCUUGCUGAGAUGAAUGACUAUGGCCGGGCCAAACAGUGGGUUAAGAGAAACGUCACGCGUUACAACUUCAAUGGGGGUGUUAAUAUCAAGUAUGUAGCAGUUGGGAACGAGCCAUUUUUGAAAUCCUACAACAAUUCGUUCUUGAAUAUCACCUUUCCUGCACUGCAGAACAUUCAAAAUGCCCUUAACGAAGCAGGUGUUGGAAACACAAUAAAGGCUACAGUACCCUUGAAUGCAGAUGUGUAUCAGUCUCCAGAGAACAAUCCUGUUCCAUCUGCAGGAAUAUUUAGGCCUGAUAUCAGUGGUCUCAUGACUCAGAUAGUGCAAUUUCUCAGCAAGAAUGGUGCACCAUUUACUGUAAACAUUUACCCCUUCUUAAGUCUUUAUGGAAAUGAUGAUUUUCCUUUCAACUACGCCUUCUUUGAUGGUGUAGACAAUCCAGUAAACGAUAAUGGUACUCCAUACACCAAUGUAUUUGAUGCAAAUUUUGAUACCUUGGUUGCUGCUCUCAAAUCAGUGGGGUUUGGAGACCUGCCUAUUUUGGUGGGAGAGGUAGGAUGGCCAACAGAAGGAGACAAGAAUGCCAAUGUAGGCAAUGCUUUGAGGUUCUAUAAUGGCCUUCUGCCGAGGCUUGUAGGCAAUAGAGGCACGCCGCGCCGCCCUGGACAUAUUGAAGUUUAUCUCUUUGGACUCAUUGAUGAGGAUGCCAAGAGCAUUGCUCCAGGAAGCUUUGAACGCCACUGGGGAAUAUUCAGAUAUGAUGGACAACCCAAGUUUCCAAUGGACCUUUCUGGUCAGAACCAAAACAAAUAUCUGAUAGGUGCACAGAAUGUGAAAUACCUUGCUCCAAGGUGGUGCAUGUUUAAUCCUGAUGCUAAGGAUCUAAGCAAGCUUCCAGAAAACAUCAACUAUGCUUGCACCUUUGGAGAUUGCACUGCACUUGGAUACGGAUCCUCUUGCAACAACCUUGAUACUAAUGGCAAUGCUUCUUAUGCGUUUAAUAUGUACUUCCAGGUGCAAAACCAGAACCCCAUGGCCUGCAAUUUUCAAGGUUUGGCCAAGCUUACUACGGACAAUAUCUCAACACCCACUUGCAAUUUUAUCAUUCAGAUAGUUAAUUCUUCAGCCGCUUCUUUGAUCCCCUCACUUGUUGCUUUCUUGUUUGUUAGUUUAUUCAUGAUCCUGUUUUGGUAG